AUGUCAGAUGAAGAGAUUUUGAAUCUAUUGAGCGCGGCAUCGGGGCUUAAGGUAAGCAGCGCGCAUUCCAAAAGAUUUUCUGCAGCUGAGGUUAUCUCGUUCUCCGUAUUUUUGAUCUUACUACGAACAACUUCCUACAUAUCGUGCUUAAGUUCGACAAUAUUACCAUUGAAGUCAGUUUCUGAAGAUUUGGUGUCAUUGUCAAUAACUUCUACGCAGUUGCUACCACGUAUGGGUUGCAUCUGGAAGUAA